GAUCUGGGGCCGGCCGGGGCGGAAGCGCGGUCCAGAUCCCCCAAAGAGCGGGAGUUCGGGAUCGCCAGAUCCGGGAGGUGGGGCCUGGAUCUGAGCUGGUGUACGUAGUUUUUUCUUCCUGGCCGUUUUUUCCACCGCCAGAUCGUGAGUUAGGGCUUUGGACCUGGAGAAAGGGUAUCGUGUAAGAGAGCGAGCCCCCUUUGCCUCACUUUGAGUCUUGAAUCUUGGACUUCUUAAACCUGAGUUUACGGUUGUGCAAUAGGAAAGAGGUCGAUUAUGUGACGUCUGAGGUAACUGUAGUUUUAGUUUCCGAAAGGGAGAGAAGAAAGCGGAAUCUGUGCCAGACUUUGCAGAGGAUUCACUGAAUGACCCUGAUUUUGUUCUUGCAUUCCUCACUGACUCAGUUUUUAUGGUUAAAACGUUCAUUAUAGUCUUCCCUGUCUGUGUAUCUCGUCGAAGGAAUAUUGUAAUGGGGAUUGUGAGUUAAUUUGUAGGUGUCUAAAGAACUUCCUGGACUUUUGAAAUAAUAGCAUCACUUAGUGAACUCGGAAUCAUUCUGUUUCUGGUCGAAUAGCAGAAGUGGCAUAAGGAAAAUGAAGCAAACAUCAAGGGCAGAUGUACUGGCACAAGAUAAAGUCUGUCUCAGCUGACAUAGUUGCCAUUUUAAGACUGCUAAGUUUAGCAGUGUGCCUGAAUAUUUUUUAGCUUUUUUUUUUUUUUUCCUUUUUAGCAUUGGUAUACCAUAUGAAAUGUGGGCAGUUGCCAGUACUCUACAGAGUACUAUGGCAGAAGUUGCAAUUACUGAGUCAAUUCAUUCAAGCAAAAAUACAUCAUGUGCCUACUGUGUGCAUCAUUUAGAAAAUCGAAGUCUCGGCUUCCAGCGACUUUGCGGUGUAGUAAAUGCCGUACUAAAUAUACAGAUGAACUGCUACCCACUGCUUGUUCCUCUCCUACAGUGGUUGCUGAGUUCCUAUGCGGAACAGUACAAUGCAGUUUUUUGUCUUACCGCUGCAAAUUUAGAUUCUGUGAUUUCAGCUGGAUUUCUCCUUCCUACCUUUUUUACUCCCCACCAGAAUACUUUUUGUAAUCUUUAAAUCCCAGCCACAUUUUGUUACAUGAUUUCAAAUUCAUAACAUUGAGGCUGUUAGGGAAGAUGGCUUCAAUUUUCGAAAUACUAGAAAUUUAGAUGCUUCUAGCAUUUUCCUUGACUCCAGUAUCAAAGAAAUGAGACACUUCCUGCUUUAUAUGAAAUUAACUCUCCAUCUGUACUUUAGUUCCAGUUCCCUUUUCUCUUCCAAUUAUAAUCGUUUUGUCUUCAGAUCUCCAUAGUUCUGGCCCCUUAGCUUAUACUUCUGUAGCUUCAACUCUCAUUUCCUUCACAAUCAAGCUUUAAAGAGUACUCUGUAUACGAUGUCUUUAUUAUCUGAAAUCUAUUACUCCUCUGCACUCUAACAUCUGUACCUAUUGUGCUGUCAAGACAAACAAGCAAAAACAAACAAACAAAAAACCCACCUUUCUUUAAAAUAACUCCGUUAUUUAGGUAGAAAAUGAUUUUUACUCUUCUGUCCUAGUGAAAUGAUGAUCUUGCUGGUACAGGUAGAAUAAGGUCAAACCUAUUAGAAUGGAGAAAGUCCCUGGAUGACUUUAUUUUUAUGUAGCAUUCCAUCUCUGGCCCCCACCCCCCUUUAGAACACGUGGCAGAAACUUGACUUAUUUGCCAUUCUUAAAACUUAUUUCUUUCUGGGCAUACAGCUAACCUAAAUAUUUUAGUUCCCUUUGCAAUUAAUUAUGGCUUUGUGAUUGAGUGUUUUCCAAUGGAAUGUGAGUGGAAGUGAUGUGCAUCUUUCCAGUCUUAAUGAAGUCCUCCAAUGCUCUCCAUCAGCUUGCUGCUAGUGGUUAUAGUGACCUUGAAUACUAUAUGUUGAAGAUGCCAGAGCCAGAAAAAAUGAGCAUGAGUGACUGACUUACAGCUCGGAAGACAGCCAUCUCCAAAUUAGAAACACUCCUGGAUUGUUUGGGUUGAAAUUCCAAGGGAUAGAUACUAUCAGGAAGACUUGGGAAUUCAAACUGGGAGCUUGUGGCUUGUGCCCUGCUUCUCACCUCAAAGUUUGCCAAUAUAGGCAACUACAAUCAAGUAGAAAUGGCAAAAUAAUAUGUUUAAGCAGAGAGGACCAGGCAACGUAAAUAACCUUUCCCUCUCCUGCAUCUUCCUUGGCUACGAUGGACUGAAAAGGAGAUACAGAAUUCCUUAAGUGGUUGGAUGUAACCUUAUGACUGCCCCAGAAAGCUAAGAGAGCACCUAUUUGACAGGAUGGCUUACCUCUUCUUUCUGUGAAUAAGAUGUCAUAUCCUGGAAAAAAAACCUCUGCUUAUUCCAGGGGUCUGUUUCGUCGAGAUGCACACAAGAGUGAGAUUGCUCACCGGUAUAAUGAUUUGGGAGAAGAAAAUUUCAAAGCCCUGGUGUUGGUUGCCUUUUCUCAGUAUCUCCAGAAAUGCCCCUUUGAAGAUCAUGUAAAAUUAGUGACCGAAGUAACUGAUUUUGCAAAGACAUGUGCUGGUGAUGAAUCAGCUGCAAAUUGUGACAAACCACUUCAAACUCUUUUUGGAGAUAAACUGUGUACAGUUGCAUCUCUUCGUGAAAAGUAUGGUGAUUUGGCUGACUGCUGCGAAAAACAAGAGCCUGGGAGACAUGAAUGCUUCCUGCAACACAAAGACGACAACCCAGGAUUCCCUCCAUAUACACGACCAGAGCCCGAUGCAUUGUGUGCUGCCUUCCAGGAAAAUGAACAGAAGUUUGCAGGACAUUACUUAUAUGAAAUUGCCAGAAGAUAUCCUUACUUUUAUGCUCCUGAACUCCUUUACUAUGCUAAGCAAUACAAACAAAUUUUGACAGACUGUUGCUCAGCUGCUGAUAAAGGUGCCUGCCUGACACCAAAGGUUGAUGCUUUGAAGGAAGUCGUACUGAGUUCAUCUGCCAAACAGAGAUUCAAGUGUGCCAGUAUCCAAAAGUUUGGAGAAAGAGCUUUCAAAGCAUGGUCAGUAAGUCGCCUGAGCCAGAAAUUCCCCAAGGCUGACUUUGCAGAGAUUUCCAAGAUAGUGGGAGAUCUUACCAAAGUCAACAAGGAAUGCUGUGAAGGUGACCUGCUUGAAUGUGCUGAUGACAGGGAACAGCUUGCCAAGUACGUCUGUGAAAAUCAAGACACAAUCUCCUCUAAGCUGAAGGAAUGCUGUGGGAAGCCAAUGUUGGAAAAAUCCCACUGCAUUUCUGAGGUUGAAAGAGAUGAAGCUCCUGCUGACCUGCCCCCAAUAACUGCUGACUUUGUUGAUGAUAAGGACGUUUGCAAAAACUAUCAAGAGGCAAAAGAUAUCUUCCUGGGCACGUUUUUGUAUGAAAACUCAAGAAGGCAUCCUGAGUACUCUGUCUUAAUGCUCUUGAGAAUUGCCAAGGGGUAUGAAGCCACACUGGAGAAGUGCUGUGCCACUGAUGACCCUCCUUCAUGCUAUUCCAAAGUGCUUGAUGAGCUUAAACCUCUUGUGGAUGAGCCUCAGAAUUUAGUCAAAGAAAACUGUGCACUUUUUGACAGCCUUGGAGAGUAUGGCUUCCAGAAUGCGCUCAUAGUUCGUUACACCAAGAAAAUGCCCCAAGUGUCAACUCCAAGUCUCGUGGAGGUCUCCAGGAGCCUCGGGAAAGUGGGCACCAAGUGUUGUACUCUUGCUGAAUCAGAGAGGAUGGCCUGUGCUGAGGACUUUCUUUCUGUGGUCUUGAACCGGUUGUGCGUGCUGCAUGAGAAGACACCAGUGAGUGAAAAAGUUACCAAAUGUUGCACUGAGUCCUUGGUGGGCAGGCGACCAUGCUUCUCUGCUCUGGAAGUUGAUGAAACAUAUGUUCCGAAAGAAUUUAAUGCUGAAACAUUCACCUUCCAUGCUGAUAUCUGCACACUUCCCGAAGCUCAGAAACAAGUCAAGAAACAAUCUGCACUUGUUGAGCUGUUGAAACACAAGCCCAAGGCAACAGGGGACCAACUGAAAGCUGUUAUGGGAGACUUUGGAGGUUUCAUUGAAAAAUGCUGUGCAGCUGAUGACAAAGAGGCCUGCUUCUCUACAGAGGGUCCAAAACUUGUUGCUUCAGCUCAAGCCGCCUUAGCCUAAAACCAACAUAUUCAACAACUUCUCAGCCUACCCUGUGAAUGAGAAAGGGAAAUGAAGAUGCAGAACUUAUUCAUGUUUUCCUUCCCUGUUGGUAUAAAACACCUUGUCUGAAGAACACAAAUUUCUUUAAACAUUUUACUUCCUUUCUCUGUACUGCAAUUAAUAAA